AUGGGCAAAGCUUUGUCCAAGAUUUUUGGUAAGAAGGAAGUUCGGAUAUUAAUGCUUGGACUGGAUGCUAGCGGGAAGACUAGUAAGUUUUUUUUGUUGCUUUUAUUGGCCUUUAGGUAUAACAAGUUUGAAGUGUAUCGACAAUAUUUUGUUUUAUAUUUUGAUUUUCUUGAAAUUGAAAGCAAAUAUUGUUUUUGUAAAAGCUAGAGGAGACUAAUAUCGUUGUUUAAGUAGUAUUUUUAGUUUUAUAUAUUAACUUAUAUCUUUGUAUUUUCUAAAUUAGUGUCCACUACAUAUAUAACAUGAUAUUUUUAGGUAUUUUAUAUCGUUUGAAGCUUGGUCAGUCUAUCAAAAGUAUACCGACAGUUGGAUUUAACGUAGAGACAGUACAAUACAAGAAUAUCAAGUUUAAUGUGUGGGACGUUGGAGGACAAUAUAAAAUACGACCAUUAUGGAGGCAUUAUUAUACGGGUACGCAAGCUUUGAUCUUCGUGGUCGAUGCUGCUGAUAGGGAUCGAAUUGAUGAAGCCAGGACAGAGCUACAUCGAAUUAUCAAUGAUCGGGAGAUGAAGGAAGCAGUUAUAUUGGUUUAUGGGAAUAAACAGGAUAUUCAGGAUGGUAAGAACUUUUUAUUGCAUGAAAUGGCGAUCAUUUCUUAUAAAAACAAUAAAUAGCAAAAACUUUCUUUACACAACAAUUUUCAGCGAUGAAACCUCAAGAACUACAGGACAAACUGGGAUUGACGCGGUUACGAGACCGGAAUUGGUAUGUUCAACCAUCAUGUGCAACAUCAGGUGAAGGUCUACAAGAAGGCCUAACAUGGCUGGCUGCUAAUUGUAAAACUUGA